UGACUUUUUAUCGGAAUCUCAUUGGUUUCAGACAAGACGAUUCCACGGAGGCGGCCAUUGCAGAAAACACCGGCAGUUUGCAAGGUGCCAAAGAAAAGGGACAGCAUGGCCCUCUAAUCGUGGAGAGUACACCGUACUGGUGUUGGACUCAACAUGUUGUUUAAACUUCAUACCUCUGCCAAAUUGGUCAAUUUAGGAUCAAGUGUGAAAAGUCUUUCAUUACGAUGCUGUCGAGGACUCAAGAAUCCAGGGAGGUCUUUCUCUCAGAAAGCAGAACAGGAAGCACCAAAGGGAACUCCAUAUAGCAAGCUUUCAAUUGGAGUCCCAAAGGAAAUCUUCAAAAAUGAACGCCGAGUGGCAAUGUCACCAGCCACCGUGACUACACUAACGAAGAAGGGGUUUGCGAUAAACAUCGAAGAGAAUGCGGGAGCAGAGGCAAUGUUCCAGAAUGAGGAUUAUGCCAAGGCGGGGGCGAAGAUCAUCUCCAAAAAGGACGCUUUCCAGUCUGACAUAGUAUUCAAAGUCAGGGCGCCUUUAACAGAAGAGAUUGCCAAUUUCAGAAGUGGAUCAACCCUUGUCAGUUUUCUCUACCCCAAGCAAAACCCAGAUCUUGUCAAACAGCUGGCUGAGAAAAAGAUCAAUGUAUUUGCGAUGGACAUGAUUCCUCGUAUAAGCAGAGCUCAGGUUUUUGAUGCCCUUAGUUCCAUGGCUAACAUUUCUGGAUACAAGGCAGUAAUUGAGGCAGCUAACCACUUUGGAAGGUUCUUUACAGGUCAGAUCACUGCCGCAGGAAAAGUACCUCCAGCAAAGGUGUUUGUAAUUGGAGGGGGUGUGGCUGGUCUUGCUGCUAUUGGUUCAGCCAAAGCAAUGGGGGCCAUUGUUAGAGCCUAUGACGUGAGGCCUGCAGCUCGUGAGCAAAUUGAAUCUCUUGGUGGCCAGUUCCUAGAAGUGUCUGUGCAGGAAUCAGGAGCUGGAGAGGGUGGAUAUGCUAAAGACAUCAGUGAGAUGUCACAGGAGUUCCAGGAUGCCCAGAAGGCUCUGUACGCCAAACAGUGUGAGGAGUGUGAUGUUGUCAUAACAACCGCCCUUGUACCCGGCAAACCUGCUCCAAAACUGGUGUCAAAGGCUGUGGUGGAUAGAAUGAAGCCUGGUUCUGUGAUAGUGGAUCUAGCAGCAGAGGCUGGGGGAAAUUUUGAGACCACCAGGCCUGGAGAAUUGUACAAAUACAACGAAGUGACACAUAUUGGCUACACAGAUCUACCUAGUCGACUUCCUACCCAAUCCAGUACUCUGUAUUCCAACAAUAUAUCAAAACUGCUUCUGUCCAUGGGAGAGAAAGAUCACUUCUACAUUAACUUAGAAGAUGAAGUUGUGAGAGGUUCCAUUGUUGUACAAAAUGGAGAAAUUCUUCCUCCUGCUCCUCCCCCCAAACUGGAUGCUGCCGCGGCCCCCGCAGCUGCCCCCAAAAAGGUUGAACCACCUCCCCCUCCCAGCAAGUUUCAGACCACUCUAAACGAUGCUGUUAUAUAUUCCGCGGGACUGGGAGGUGUUAUCGGUAUUGGUUGUAUUUCUCCUAGUCCGGCCUUUAUGUCUAUGGUAACAACAUUUGGAUUGGCUGGUAUUGUUGGCUACCACACUGUAUGGGGUGUACAGCCAGCUCUCCAUUCUCCCCUGAUGUCGGUGACUAACGCUAUUUCUGGUAUCACCGCUGUGGGAGGACUACUCCUGAUGGGGGGAGGUUACACCCCAUCGAACACCAUAGAAACCCUCUCAGCCAUCGCAGCUUUUAUCUCCUCCAUUAACAUUGGGGGUGGAUUCACAGUCACACAAAGAAUGUUGGACAUGUUUAAACGACCAACUGACCCCCCUGAGUACAAUAAGCUGUAUGCCAUCCCUGGAGGUGUGGUGUUGGGAUCCUAUGGCUAUGCUGCCUCCACUAAUCUCUUCCCUGACAUUCACCAGGCCACGUACCUGGCUGCCUCUCUCUGUUGUGUGGGAGCUCUCACAGGCCUGUCCUCACAGACAACAAGCAGAAUAGGAAAUGCCCUUGGAAUGAUUGGAGUAUCAUCAGGAAUAGCCGCCACACUGGGCUUGCUCAAACCUUCCCCAGAGAACUUCAUGCAAAUGGCUACUUGUAUGGGAGCAGGUGGUUUGAUUGGUGUUGUUGGUGGUAAGAAGGUAGAGGUUACCGACCUACCACAGAUGGUGGCGCUGUUCCACAGUCUGGUAGGAGCCGCCGCAGUGCUGACUUGUUUUGCUAACUACAUUCUGGAGCAGCCCCAUUUCGCUACAGACCCAGCUGCUAACGUCAUCAAGACAUUCCUCUUCCUCGGAACCUAUAUUGGAGGUGUCACUUUCACUGGUUCAUUGGUGGCAUUUGGAAAGCUGCAAGGUGUCCUGAAGUCAGACCCCCUUAUCCUGCCUGCUAGACAUGCCCUCAAUUUUGGAAUGUUGAUGGGUAAUGUGGGAGCUAUGGGGACCUACAUGUUGACAGAUGACCCCACAACUCAGCUGGCCUGUCUGGGGACCACCACCACCCUCUCCAGCAUCAUGGGGGUUACUCUCACCGCCGCCAUCGGAGGUGCUGACAUGCCUGUUGUGAUCACCGUCCUGAACAGUUACUCUGGCUGGGCUCUGUGUGCUGAGGGUUUCAUGUUGAACAAUAAUCUAAUGACAAUUGUUGGAGCUCUGAUUGGAUCUUCUGGAGCUAUCCUCUCUUACAUCAUGUGUGUGGCCAUGAACAGAUCCCUGACCAAUGUGAUCCUGGGAGGCUAUGGUACCAAGUCCACUGGUACUGGUAAACCUAUGGAGAUCACUGGAACCCACACAGAGAUUGAUGUCAAUCAAGCUGUAGAGAUGAUCGCCGAGUCCAGAAACAUCAUCAUCACCCCAGGAUACGGACUCUGUGUAGCCAAGGCUCAGUACCCCAUCGCUGAAAUGGUGGAGUUCCUCAAAAAGAAGGGAAUCAACUGCAGAUUCGGAAUUCACCCUGUUGCAGGUCGUAUGCCUGGUCAGUUGAAUGUGCUGUUAGCUGAGGCUGGAGUACCUUAUGAUAUUGUACUGGAAAUGGACGAGAUUAAUGACGACUUCCCCGAGACUGACCUUGUACUGGUCAUUGGAGCCAAUGACACGGUCAACUCGGCAGCAGAGGAGGAUCCUAACUCUAUCAUCGCAGGAAUGCCUGUACUCAGGGUCUGGGGAUCCAAAAAUGUGAUUGUGAUGAAGAGAACUUUGGGAGUGGGAUAUGCAGCAGUAGACAACCCAAUCUUCUUCAAACCCAACACCAGCAUGUUGCUUGGGGACGCCAAGAAGACCUGUGAUGCCUUACUGUUAAAGAUCAAAGAACAUUACGGAGAAAUUUAAUGUUAGGCACAUUAGAGACUAAUUUUCCUCUUUUGUAUGUAAUGUUUUAAAAGAGUGUGAUCAUGAGAAAAUUGAUUUUCAUAUGAAUUUAGCAUGUAAAAUCGGCAGUGCCAGAUAUUUUGAUAUCAAAUUCUACAGGUAUUGCUGCAAUCCUAGGCUAAUUUUUUUUUUAUCUGAAAACACAGCGUUCUUUAUUCCUAGAUGCUUGUCUUGUGCCAAAAAGUUUUUCAUAUUUAGUCACAUACUUCUACAAUCAAAGUGCUUUUACAGUCUGAAAGAUCUGAAUUUUAUUUUAAGAGCCUAAGCAUUUAAAGUAUUAACGAAUUGUUGUCUUCUGAUCUUCAAACAGUUAUACCCUGUAAGUAAGGUGAAGAUGUAUAUCUUUGUUUUGAGAAUUAAACUUUGAAGUUUGGCAGUGCACAUAUUUCAAUGGUUUGGUGUAUUAAAGAUUCAUAAGACA